AUGCUCCGAUGUGGUGUCAGCAACGACAAUGGGAAGACCUUCUGCCUCAACGUGAUCCCAACAGAGGCAGAGGCAGGCUUCGACGUGCGCAUCACGCCUGACCUGAAGCCCAAGGACUUCCAGAACUUGCUCGACCAGUGGUGCAAAGAGGCGGAUGGCAUCACUUGGCAGAUUGCGCCAUGGACACGGGCACUGCACGAGCACCACAUUACCGCUCCUGACGACUCGAACCCCUGGUGGGUGGCAUUUCGUGAUGUGAUGUCGACCAUGUCCUUCGAUGUCGAACCUGAGGUGUUUCCGGCCGCCACGGACUCACGCUUUCUGCGCGAGCUGGGGAUUCCGGCACUGGGUUUUUCACCGAUGAGGCGCUGCCCGAUCUUGUUACAUGAGCAUGACGAGUACAUCCCGGUGGACGUCUUCAUGUCAGGCAUAGACGUCUACGUCGGCCUGAUCGAAGCCUUGGCAUCGAAGGAGAAGCUGCAAGGAGAGGACGAGGCUUCCGUUGCCAGGCUCACUUCACUGGACUUUGCACGCGACUUCUCGCACACGGCAUGUCUGCAACAGCACGCGACAAGGGCGCGGAGGGCGCGGAGGGCGCGGAGCGCGCAGCGCCCGCAGCGCGCGGAGCGCGUGGAGGGCGCGGAAGAUAUGUCUGCCAACUUUGGUUUGCAGACUUUCAUGCUUGUCGUGCUGCGCUCGUUUGCGGCUGUUUGUCGUUUGUGCUCGCCAAGCGGCGACGGACUGCGUGAGUCCGUCCGGUCCAUGGAGGAGACUCCGUUCUUGAUUUAUGCUUUUGACGGCUGGAUCCUGCGGUCACUGCAGGGUGGUGUGCGGGUCCUUUCGGCCGUGACCUGGUUCUCCCACAUCCCCGUGAGCCCCACAGAAGAGCACAUGCAGAGCAUCUGUAGUUGGUGCAGCACAGACACGGUGAGCAUCGAUUUCGAAGACGCGGGAAAAGUGAGGUGCUUAGACAUGCCAGAGCUGCGAACGGUAGUAGCUCGUGCAACUCGCAGGGUCCUGAAAGCGGGGCUCGCUUUGCUGACCCCACUGCGCCUGGCCGUGCUUCUUGGCAGCCUUGGCACUGACAUGUCAUUUGAGACGAGCCUUGACGUCUACUCCAAUGGCUUAAGGCAAGUCGGCUGGCGGGUGCUCACUGAAGUGAACGCAGUCUUCGUGACCGUCGUGUUCUUCCUUCACCGGGAAUGGGCAUGUGCGACGGUGAGCCUGGUGUUGAAUGCCACAUCCUGGACACUUUGUGCGCUCGAUGUGCUGCUGGCGCAGGAUCCCACGUCACCUUUGGAAGAGGCACAGAGGAGCCUGGCUCGAGGCUUAGCCACUCCGGCCUGGCGGGGCUUGUGGGAUUACGAACAGCAGAUCCAGGCACCUGGGCUGGGUUUGCUCGUCCCCUACGGCAUGACCUUGAUCCAGGACCUCGACGCAGCUGCAGCCAUCAGCGGGCUUUUUGCAGCUCUUGCUGCAGCCACCUCCCUCGCGAGCGCGCGCGUCGAUUUCAACUGCGACUGGCCUAACCAGCGAGGGCAGGCCUCGGUCGUGUACACGCUUCAGCCAUGUACGACCUACUGGCUGUACACAAGCUACCUGAUCGGAUCAAUGGCUGAGUUUACGGCUUUUGCGGUGGUCAGCUGUGUCCUUCACCCUCUCGUCGCCUGCUUGGGCUACGCACUCGCCAUCGAGGUCAAUACACGUUGUAGCGCGAAUGGCUUCUUCAUGGAGUCGCUGCUUGCACCCCAUGUCAUGUUCUUCGGCCUACAAACGCGAGUUUUGGGGACGCCAGCUCGACGCGAUCUCGCCGGUCCUGGGUGGCCUGCAGCCCUUUGCAUGCUGCUUCGCCUCGCGUUGCCGCUUGCUUGCUGCUUCGUGCCCCUGGCACAUGACCAAGAGCCCUGGCAGCGCCUAGGACGACCAAUCGGGCGUGCGGUACUCGAAGAGUUUGAAAAGCCAACGGCUGCCGCUGUUGCAGCUGCCAAGGCAUGCGUCAUCCACCGUGCCUGCAGUCGCCCUGCUCAGGGGAUCAUUUUCGACAAAGUCUGCUCGUAG